UGGUAUACUACAUUGAGCCUACUCAAUUAGAAGUUUUUCAUACGCUGUGGACGGUUAUUACGUGAGUUAAGGUCAGUGCUUAUUGUUUGUGUUCAUUGGACAGUAUGUGUGCAGCCAAACGCAAACGUUCCGUUAUUAAGGUCGAUAAGAAUCGGCAUCGCAUCAAAGCUCGCGAGGACCAAGCCAAACUAGAGGCCGAAGAAGCCGCUCUGAAAGCGAGCAAGAAGAACAAUAGUGGUAGUAAUAGUAAGGCAACUAAGAAGGCCUUCAAAGAGACUGAUAAUGCCAGGGAAGUGUUAGAGGUGGUCGCUGAUGAGGGUGACGACAAUCACGCAGAUGUGCAUGAGGACAACAAGGAGGGCGACGAGGAGCGUACAGAUGCAGACAGAGAACUCAUUGAGACCUUCCACGUGGUGCAGAAGCAGAUCUCACAGAUCGAGAAUACUGUACUGUACAAUGUAAGUGCGACAGAAAAAGAGAAAGAUGAAGCCAAGCACAAAGUCAAGGGACUGCAAAACCAGUUAAAGGACUUGGGAGGACUUGCUGCGUAUCAGAAAGCAAGCGUGUUGGGUGAAGCGGCCGGCGGAGGGUUUGAUAGCUCGCGAUUUGUACUACAGGAAUUAGUGGAGAUACUCAAACUCAAGAACAAACGAAGUGAUGGUAAUGUGUUUUUGCCAGAAGCUAAGUUGUUGGAUGUAGGGGCGAUCAUACACAGAUACACCAGGAACGAUGUGGCGCGCGUGGGUACGAAAUUGGAUGCAUUGAGUAUAGAUCUAGAGACGAAUUUGGCGGACAAGAAGGUGAGAAAGGUUGAUUUCUUUGAUUUUGCACCUCUUUGUCUAAGAGGAGAGGCCAAUACUGCAGACGCAGACGCUACUCAGGCAGGUGCACAGAAGCGCAAAGCAGAUGGUGACAAGGAUCGUAGUGUAAAACCACACUGUUUCGAUAUAGUGGUAUUAUCGCUUGUGCUCAAUUUUGUGCCAGACCCUCGUAAGCGUGCGGAGAUGUUAUUGCUCACGCGCGAGUUACUGUCAGCGUCAUCUCUGGGAAUUAUGUUCCUAGUCUUACCCAGUGCUUGUGUGGACAACAGUCGUUAUCUGAGUGAGGAGUUGUUCAAAGAUAUUGUGGAGGCGUGUGGGUUUAAGAUCCGAUCGUCUCGCCAUUCCAAAAAUGGGAAGUUGUUCUUCGCAGUAUGCCAAAUCGCAGAGCUGUACAAAGCUGAGCGAAAGGUAGAUAAAGCAGAAAAACGCUUGCUGAAGGAAGUACGUUAUGUGGAGAAUGCAUCUAUUAAGGGUGAAGAAUUGCUGGAUGGAGAGGAUGACGAUGAAGACAAUGUACUGGGUAGUGACGGCGAGUAUGAGAACGAAGAGGGUGAUGCCCAGGAUAGCGAUAGCGACAGUGACGGUGAGGAUGCGAAGAGAGUGAUCAAGUACCCUAGACGAGAGGUUAACCGAACACGCACCAAGUACGACAAUGGAUCGUACAACAAUUUCUGUAUCAUUGUCAAGCGUCGAGGCAAGCAGUUGCACACUGGGGUAGCCGGGGCUAAAGGCAAAGGUUCUGUUCACAAUGAGCAAGGGGUGAAAAGGGUAAAGCUGACGGCACGUGAGCAACGCAAGACGAAAGUACACGCACCCCCUACUGAGAAAGAUGUGGAGGAGAGAGGUGUCCUGACCAGUAAUAUGCGCAAGAAGAAUCGCAAGCAUAAAAAGUAUGAGGCUAGACAGGCGGCUAGGGAGGAGCGCGAGGCGAACAAAGCGUCCAAGGAGGCCCAUAAAGCGCGGACGAAGAAGAGAGAGGCGGGAUUGCGUGAUUAGUUUUGUAUUAAAUAUAAUGAUUUUUUUCCUGUGGCGUGG